UUGGUUGGUGAGGAUGAUGAGAGGGCACGAACACGAACUCUGUUAUUCUUUGAGAGAAAAACCAAGACGAAGAAAGAAAGAAUUUCUUUUUUUUUUUUUUUCUUUUUUCUUUCUUUUCUCAAUUCCCCAUUGUUCAGAUGGUCGAGGAGAGUCUCUGCCUCUUCUGAGAUCAUCCAGACCCAUUUUCUGCCAUUUUCAAUUCCUCCAAAACAAUAUUAAUUUUUACAAAAGGGUUUCGAAAUACCCUCGAAUCACCAUCUCCAUUGUCCUAUUUUCUGGUAACGGUGCCGACAUUCGUUCAUUCAUUCAUCCAGGUUCUGCAAUUUUGUAAUUGUAAUUGUAAUGUUAUUGUUAGAACACCUGGUUGAAGAUGAGAAUCCCCCAACUUUGUCAAUAGAUUUAAUGUAGAUUCUUCCAUUGUUGCAUAGAUUUUUCUUAGUCGUAGAUCUGUAUAUGUAAUGAUAUUCCAAGACAUCUUCAGUCCCCCUGUACUGUAAAGAUUGGCAUUGUCUUUGCCCCCUCCUCCACCGGCAGCUUUUCCGAGUAAGUUUGAUUGCUCGGAGGCUUAUUUGUCUGAAAACAGAAACAUAAUCUAAACUAGCUAUUAAAAGGCCUCAGCAACUCUGUCGAAUGGUUCGGCUCGCAAUGUCCGGAUAUGGAAAUAGAAUCCACUUGUUCUGUUUCAUGUUCUUCAUUAUUGUUUUCGAAAUCAAUGGAUGCUGCUUUCUCAAUUCCGAAGGAUUGGCUUUGUUGCAAUUCCGGUCGAUGGUGGACUUUGAUCCGUCCGGGACUUUGGAAGAUUGGGAUCCAAAUGAUUGCAAUCCUUGCGCGUGGUCAGGCAUCGAAUGCGUGGAUGGUGAUGUUGUUAUGCUAAAUCUCAGUGGCUGCGAUUUGGAGGGAGCGCUGUCGCCGGAGCUUGCGAAUCUUACACAUUUGAGGUUUCUCGAUCUGUCGAAGAAUCAUCUCUCCGGCGCCAUACCUCCGCAGUUUGGACAUCUGGCGAUGCUCGAAGUUUUGGACUUGAGGGAUAAUAACUUGAGUGGAACAGUUCCGGCGGAGUUAGGAGAAUUGCAUUCCUUAAGACGUUUGUUGCUCUGCAACAAUAGGUUUGAAGGGAGCCUUCCGGUGGAGAUUGGGAAGCUCAGUUUGCUGUCCGAUAUUCAGUUCGAUGAUGUCUUCUCGACUGCUGCUGCCGGAAUUUGCUGCGUGAAUAGAAAAUUCGGACACUCCAGGAUAUGGCAGAGUGUUCUGAAGCAGAUGAAGAAAUCGGAUUCGACUAAGCAAACCAUAGCUAAUUACCUCAAUCUGCUCCCCAAGUUGAAAGGAAGUGAAUCUUCGGACAGCCAUGGCCACAACUGCUGCAGCUAUCUGACUGAUUCUCCGGAGACGGAUGUCAUUGAGAGCGCGCAAGAGCAUGUAAACAAUGCUCGGCGCAUAUUAGCUGAAGACCUCGCGAACCUCGUUUCCCUCCCUCCCGACAUUAAUGCUCUGGUCGAUGAUUCGCCAGGUAGUGAUGAAGCUCUCCCGAGCAGAAGCAGCGGUUCGUUUCCUGCAGUCGCGAAUCCGAAGCCUUCUCCUGCACCUCCUGUUCUUGCGCCUUCAUCGUCGCCGCCUCUCGAACAGGAGAAUAAGACCAAUGGCGUAGCUGAUCCUAGCGCCGUUGCGCAAUAUAAGGAUUCUUCUGCUGAUGGAAAUUCUGCGAAUUCGCGAAAGUUUAUGAUUGGGAUAUUGGUCGCGGUUUUAUUACUUGUUGGUGUCAUAGUUCUGCUUCUGAUAUUUCGAAAGAAGGCGACGAAGAACAUUAGUCCUUGGAAAACAGGGCUGAGCGGACAGCUGCAGAAAGCUUUUGUCACAGGGGUUCCUAAGUUGAACCGCGACGAGCUGGAAACUGCGUGCGAGGAUUUCAGCAACAUUAUAUAUACUCGUGAAGGUGUCGUGACUUUGUACAAGGGAACUCUGUCGAGCGGAGUGGAGAUUGCUGUUGUGUCGACUGCUAUUGAAUCUGCGAAAGAAUGGUCGAAACAAGCUGAGUUAUUGUUCAGGAAGAAGAUCGAAACCUUGUCGCGCGUCAAUCACAAAAACUUCGUCAACCUUAUCGGAUACUGCGAAGAGAGCGAGCCUUUCACGAGGAUGAUGGUUUUCGAGUUUGCGCCGAAUGGCUCUCUCUCUGAUUACUUGCAGGGUAAAGACCUCGAAGAUCUCGGAUGGGAUGCGCGGAUUCGAAUAAUUAUGGGGACUGCUUAUUGCCUGCAAUACAUGCACGAGCUUAAUCCGCCGGUGGCGCAUCUCCGCCUGACGACGAGAGAUGUGUUCUUGACGGAUGAUCAUGCCGCAAAAAUCUGCGAUGUAGCUUUUUGGGCAGAGUUUGUAGCCUCUUCGAAGAAUCCUGCAGCACACGAGCCGGAUCAUUCUGAGCAGCCGCCGCUCGCUCUGGAAACAGACGUCUACAGUUUUGGGAUCUUGAUGCUUGAAAUAAUCUCCGGAAAGCUUCCUGAAUCGAAAGAAGGAGACAAUGUCCUAAAAUGGGCCAACCAAUACCUGAAUGAUCAGACAACCUUAAGCGAGUUGAUCGAUCCGGCCUUGAAGUCGUUCAAGGACAGCCAUCUUCCCGUUGUGUGCGAAGCAAUCCAAAGCUGCAUCGACCAAAAUCCGAGGAAAAGGCCUGCGAUGAAAGAAGUCAUCGAGAAACUUAGACAGGCGAUUGAUGUAUCGCCGGAGGCUGCGACGCCUAGGCUGUCUCCACUUUGGUGGGCUGAACUCGAAAUCUUAUCUUCCGAGGCAGCUUGAUUGUAUCAAUUCUCACCUCCUCGCCUCCCGUCCUGUAAGUCGAUUGUAUCUACUUUUUGUCCUUUUUUUUUUCGACAUCCAUCCGAGGAUGAAACAGAGCUUAAAGAUGUUGUAACAGUCUUCUUUCUUACAGUCCAUCCCUGUAUAUU